AUGUCGACCAAGAUCCGAGUGCCGGUGGACAUUCCACAGGGCGAUGCCGCAACUUCUGGAGAUCUGUCAGUCAGGAUUAACCAAAUAUUCGUUCAAAAGGGCCCCUUCCGGAAUAUCACCGAGCAGACUGUAGCUCUUGAUCCAGACACCGACGAGGAUGACUCGCCCACGGAUCAAGAAGAUGACGCCGAUAACGAGACCAGAGAGGAGCGUCUUGAAGUGUUGGCCAAGUCUCGAGAGGAACUGUACGCGGAGAUUCACCGAGGGACUCUCCAAUGCAACCAGGCUCUCGACUUCAUCUCCUUGUUCUUGUCAAAGCACUCCAGAGCAGCACAAGGCACCUUUUCCGACACUCUCCGACAGUCCAUGAAACCUGGAAUGUUCGAUAGUCAUAUUCUCGAGGAUGCCCGGUACGCGCCAACCAUCAGACCUGUGGCAGAAUUGUCCAAAGGAUGGAGGACCGAAGGUUUUGCAUCCGCGUCAAACGCGCUUACCUCUGCCUCUGAACGCCUGAAGAAAGAGUCGCAGCGCCAGUCUUCGUUCUGGCAACAGGUUGCGGAUGUGGGUCAAGAAGGCUGGAAAGUGUGUCGUCAUCCGAGAGAUCGUCGUGCCAUGGGUGUCCAUUUUGGCAUGACUGAAUCAGCUCCUCAGUUUCGCAAUCAAGGCUUUGCGAAGCUGUACCAAGAUUCUGAGUCGGAUGUUCACCUAGCACGUCAAGUAGCGCCGAGACGAGUAUCUGUUACCGUCUCUCGGGGUGGACGCGAAACGGGAAGGCACAGCCCUGCUACUACGCACUCGGAGCAAAGAUCGCCGGCGAAUCGAGAACUAGUGGAAGCACGUGACAGCUUGAUUGAUGAAGAGCUCUUUUUUGAGCUCGGAAGAGAAGCCAGAUUGGCUGCAAAUCAGGGCUUCAUUACCAGAGGAGAAGAUAUCGAGUUCACAAUCGACGAACAAUACACUGUAACGCUGUCGCUCACGCCAAGCAGAGCCGAGACUGACCCAAACGACUUCGACAACGAUCUAGCUCAAUACAUCGGCUUGUCAAUACGCAGCCUGCUUUGUCAGGCUCAUCAUGAAUCCAGAAUUCGAAGAGCUCACCCACCACCACCAAUCUCUAUGCGACCUGCGCAUCUGCCAGAAUAUGCCAUCCUCAGACCGCUGGUUGCGGCGCUCAAACAAAGCAUCGCAAGUCCAGCAGCCCGAAAACAUCUCGAUGACUCCGUCAUUGGCCCACUCAGGCGAGCAGGUAUCGAUCUCGAAUUUGCCGAGGCCGAGCCCCAGGAGUCAGAUCUCCCUCAUCAGACUCAUUCGAUGCUUACUACCGGACUUCAACAAUCUAUCUACACACUGAAGCUACCGACCGGCAUACAACAUAACCUCAAAGUGACAUCGUACCUAGGUCGGCCAAUAUACGGCACUGUAUAUGAGGUCGAUGACGCCAAGUACGACAGCAUGAAGCACUUCGUUACCGUCAUCAACGAUCUUGUGACCCGUGACAUUACGGCAUUUAUCGCCAAGGAAAUAUACACCGAAAAGAGACGUUGGCAUAUUGUCGACGCAUACAAAGGUGAUCUCGCAUUGGAUUUUGAAGGUGGCGGUCAAACGCCUUGUACGUUGCGGGUGGGCCUGAAAGGCGGCGUUCUAUUAGCCAAGCUUUCCAACGAGCAACCCAUGUCUUGGAGGUCGACCUCCGUGGACGUCAAGUCGUUGAUGGAUACCAUUCGUGACAACAUGCCGAAGGAUUAG